AUGAACGCGUGGAGACUUUCCGACAUAGUGAGACGGGUUGCUAGUGAGAACGUACUAAGCUUUUCUUUUCUUGCACUUCCUCUUUUCUCGUUUCACCUAGAUGCGAACGUGUUUCAGGUAUAUUGGGCCGAAGUGAUGGGGCAGAUAGCCAGUGUGUUCCGGGGGCGGAACACACACGUACGAGGCAACUCGCACGACGAAGAAGACCCGGAAGCUCAGAUGACCUUCUCUAAUGCGAGCGGUACGUUUUUGGUUGGAAUUAUUAAGAAACAUGUGAAAAACUGGUUUGCAGGAUCAUACUUUGGCUCUCAUUUCCUCAUGUGUGGCUGUAAAUUUGAGGUGGCAAAGCCCGAGGCAUAUCUAUUCGGAGAGAAUAGCGAUUUGGAUCAGCUAGGCGCCAGGGCUCUUAAUGUGAGUCAACUUUUAAUGCGGAUCACUGAUUAUCUGUGUGAACCAUCAAAGCACAAAGAACAAAACCAAAUUCUUCAUCACAAUAGUCAUCAUUUUUUUCAUUAUUUCAGUUUCCGUACCCGCCUGGCCCCUUGGGAAAUGACGAAAUCCGGCCACUCAACCUUCUUGUCAACAUCCGAAAAGAGUCAGUCAAGUUCCAACGGGUGAAAAAGGACAACGGGGAGUUUGAUGCCAACCUCUACCAACUCACAUUCACCUUUGACUGUGAUAGUGCAUGUGUUAUUCAAGUACACUUUCACGCCAAAGAAGUCUAUCACGAUGGAGAGUUACAGUGAGUAUUUUGCUUCGAUUGAAACAUUCACAAAAAACAGGGAUGAGGCAAAAAACAGGUUCAUGUUAGGGUUUUAAAAUGAAACCAUGAGCACACUUUAGCGUUGAUUAUAAGAAUUCGGACAUUAUUUUUUCUGUAAAAUGUCAGCUAGCCUUCAUAUUUGUGAUCCAUUUUCCGAGCGAAUCUUCGAGAUUUCAGAUUUGCCUACCGUAACCGUCGAGCACAAAGUUCCGAGCAGUUCAACUUCGAAACGGGCGCUGAUCAAGUGUUCGGCGGAUAUGUUUUCGAUGCGUCACGAUGGGAUCCCAGCGAUGUGAGUUCAAACAGUCCAUUUCCGCCUUUGACGUCACUUUUACACCCGUCAUUGUUUUCAGCUGAUUUACACGUCUGGCCUCUACUAUCCAUUCGUCAUUUCGAUCAUGACUUCCGGGGUUGAAAGCGUUCAGAUGCAGUCAACAAUGUGUACAAUUGAGGUGAAUUAUUUUCGGAACUCCAUUGGAUAACUCAUAUUUUGCAGACCGGAAACGAUAGCAGUAAAGCGUUACUUUUGAAGCCGCUUAGACAAAAGAUCGCGUGCGAUGGGGUCACCUAUCUUCUUCAGGUAUCCUUUUUUCAACGUGUUAUUCCCUAUCAGUCUUAUCAACCGUUACAUAGGCAAUUGAAGGUGGAAUAGACGGAAAAAGUGGUUGAUAUGCAGUUGCUGUCGGUUUUGUUGGAAAAGAAGGGAAGCACUAUGACGUGAUCUUCUUUCAGUUGUAAAUAUUGAUCUGAAAUUGAAUGGCAUGCAAGGAUAGGCACAAGCAUGAGUUUUUGACCCGCUUGCAAUAAUAAGCUAGGAUCCAAACUAUGUGUGUUUCUUAAACUUGGAUUGAAGUAUCUUGAGCCGAAGCCUCUGACCGAUCAGAUUAUCUGGUUCAGAAAUAUGUGAAUGUAAGGCGGGCUCUUGCGAACAUUGCAUCUUUAGUCCUGCCCUAAUGACAGGAGAAGGGGAUGAUGCAAAACCAUAGAAAACAACACUACUUUGAGGCGACUAGCUGAUACAAAUGGUUUAUAGUACGUGUAGGAACAGUGUUUUGUGGGUUUGGUUGAAAAUUAAUUGGAAUUGGGUUCACUUCAAACACGAAAUUCUAUUCGACGCUCUCAGUCCUAUUAAUAUGCUUUGAAGUUACUCAAAUCUCCUAUUUUACAGGAAAUAUUUGGAAUCGAAAACAAAGGAAGCGAAUGUCCGGACGACGACAGCGGUCUCGAGUGCAUCAUUUGUCUUUCGGACAUCCGGGACACCGUCAUUCUUCCAUGCCGUCAUCUUUGUGUAUGCAGCAAUUGUGCCGACUCUUUACGAUACAAAGUGAGUUUUUUUCUGACAUCUCUUGCUGAUAACACUUUUUUCAGCACAAUAACUGCCCGAUAUGUCGAUCACCAUUCAGAGCACUGAUCAGACUUCGCGCUCACCGACAAACCAGGAAUCAGAUGUGAGUCAUUGAAUUGUGGAAAAUAAUUGUUUGCUUGAACACAUUCGAGAGCGGAAGAAUGCUCAAAGUCAAGAUUAUAGGAUUCAGUUAAAACGCUCAUAUUACACCAAAAAUAACCAGAUUUUUGCAGUUACGAGACGGUCAGUCUAGUCGAAGGUUUGAACGGAACGACCCCGAUUCCGGUUGUCACGGACCCCGUCUCCACCAUCAACUCGUCAACACGCAGAAAAAGACACUCGAGUAGUAGGAGCGGCAAAGCUUUGCAUCAAGUGCUCACAAUGGAGCAACUCGGGGAUGAGGGCAAGACCAAAGAGUGCAUCGAGAUGACGUACAUUGCAAACGAGAAUGUCGAGAUUGACGAGGAGGAGAUUGAGAUUGAAAUUAGAAAAGAGUUGUCAAGGAGUCAGACGGAUAGUGAGGAGGGAUCUAGUGGAUUGAGCUCACAGACGUUUUCGGUAUGUUUCUCUUGGGCCUUCGACUGAAAAACUGAAAAACUGUAGAAUUUCGCGUUGUCAAACUACUAAAUAUAGAAAACGCUCAGCUUGCAAGUUUAGAUGCCUAGUUUGCAUUAUAUAAAGAUUUUCUUUUCCGGUCGCGGUUUCUCCAAUGUAAAAAUCAUAUUUUGUAUGCUCCGAAAGUUAAGAAUAGGGCUCUAGAAAUUAGUUGAUGGUUCGGUAUAACUUUGAGCAGACUUGUCGCGAGCUGGGCCGAGUUUCAGUAAAUUUUUUUUUUGAGGUCUUAGGAAAUCCAACAAUUGGUUUGAACACAACCUUUGCAAACACAUUUGCUUACAGAAUCCGCAAGAAUCAGAUGAAUCGGAGUCGGAAGACGAAAAUGAGCAGGUUCCCGCCAAGAAAGUUGAUGUGAGCCCGUCGGAGAGCACUGAAAGUCAUUUGAACGAAACAGAAGAUGAGAAAGAUGUGAAAAAUGAUGAAGAUGAGGACGAUGACAACGACAGUGAAGCUCAUUACAAGGAAAAAAGACGUUCUCUUCAGUCCGGCUCCCGAAAUUCCUCUUCUCAACUUCUGGAACACAAGAAGUGA